AUGGGCGCGUUGCUAUGGCUAUGUAUGGCGUCUGUGCGAGCACGCGAUUGGAAAACGUAUCCGGUUGGUUACGCGAUUGUGUUUUUUGUUGCUCUGAUAUCAAAGAUGCUUGCCAGCAAUGUGAUUUUAACCACGGCGAGCCUGGGUGCAUCGAUUUGGGCCAUCAUAUUUGGCUUUUGUUUGCGCAAUGUCAUUGAUUUCCUCGGCUACCCGCUGCCGGGCUACCUCAAAGUAGCUCAGCAGACCGAACUUUAUAUUGCCGUCAGUUUAGUACUGCUGUGCAUCGACAUUGGCGUGCUCAAGCCAUUGGCACCCCGUGCAUUGUUUGUGAGCUGGAUUGACACGCCGUUGUUGUUCAUGGUGGUGGCCUGGGUAGGCUGGCGCGUGCUCAAGAUAGAUCGACAGACGGCCAUUAUCCUAUCGGGUGCCACGUUCAUCUGCGGUUCCUCUGCAGCGAUUGCGUUGGGUGCUUCCAUGGGUGUUCCGCACAAGAGCCAGAUGCCGAUUGCGAUUAUUUCCAUUUUUACGAUCCCGAGUAUCAUUGCAUUGCCUUACAUUGCGCAGCGCUUGGACUUUUCAUCCACCGUCAGCGGCGCGUGGUUUGGCGGAUGCGUUGAUUCGACCGGGGGCGUGAUUGCCGCUGCGAGUAUCUAUGGUGACAAGGAAGCGAUCGAUACGUCGGCUGUGGUCAAGAUGGUCCAAAACGUACUCAUCGGUCCAUUGUCUGUUCUCAUGGCUUGGGCAUGGUCUCAGUAUGAACUUUACCAGCAGCGGCGGUUUGAAGAGGAAGAGUUGUUGGCGCAGCAUAAUCGUGACUUUGCCAAUAACAAUGACGAUGAUGGAACGAGUGGUGACGGUGCUGGUCGGCCCACGGCAACGACGCUCAAGAAACCGCAACGUGACAAGGCACAUGUGCUGCUCUGGAAACGAUUUCCCAAGUUUGUGAUUGGGUUCGUCUUGACAGCGUUGCUGUUCAACACGACGCUUGGCGACGACAGUGACCGUCGAGGGGUGGUGAAUGACUUUUGCUUUUACGUGUCCGAGUGGUUCUCGACGCUGUCGUUUGUCAGCAUUGGAUUGGGAUUACAGCUGAACGAAAUGAAACAGAAUAUCCGCAAUCUCGGUAUGCUCUGCACGUUGUAUCUCGUGGCGCAGACGGUCGAUAUUGCAGUGACGGGUCUACUAGCGUGGGUGGCAUUUACGUUCAUGUAG